GGAGGGGGGGUGAAGAUUUUUGAGAGAGAGUAACGGACGUGAAAACGGAGGAGCUGUGGACUACGUGUGGAUACAGAGACGGUUGGGAGAAACCAUCACAUCAUCAUCAUCAUCAUCAUCAUUGAUCCUAAUGUAGAAGCAGACGAGUUGCUUGGCUAACCAUGCCAUUACCAAGGCUGACAUUAUAGUUCCGGACAAAGAGAGGGGAGGGAACUUCCUGUGUGGAGCCAAUGGCAGUCAGCGCCACUUCCUGGACCAGCAGUGCGGCAGUUGUAGGGGGGCCGGGCGGAGGAAGCAUAUGGGGGUUCCGGCGGCAGUACUGGGGGGCGCUGCUGCUGCUGGCCGCUGGCUGCUCUGGUCUGUACGUCCUCCUCUACUACCGAGCCUCCUCCUCCGUGCCGUCUCUCAUUCUGCGCCACUUCCAGUCCUUCAGCACCCGCGUGGCGGCGCUGUCCUCCGAGGCCUCUCUCCCUACCCUCCCGCACCAGGAAGCAGCCUGGGGACUGACGCAGAAUCACAGGUGGAACCUCAGCGUCCUGACGUCCCUGGAGGCCCUGCGCGACGCCAUCGCGAACUCUAGCGCUCCGCCCUUGCUGACGCUCUUCAGCUCCUGGGCGGACCGACCCGACCUUGGCCUCGUGCGCAACCUGACCUUGCGCAACUGGGCGCAACUCCGCCCCUUCGUGCAGCCUGUUCUCUUCACCAACUCCUCAUCCCUAGCCGAGCAGGCGCGUGCGCAUGGCUGGCAGACACUUCCGGUGAGUCGCGAGGCGGUGGGCGUGCCCAUCCUGAAGAACAUGUAUCUGGACGCCAUGGACAGGUUCAACUCCACGCUGUACGCCUUCGCCAACGGCGACGUGCUGUUCACGCUCUCGCUCAUUCAAACCUUGCUGGCCAUACUGACGUCACCACACCUCCCGUUAGACUCGCAGCCCGUGCUUGUGGUUGGCACGCGCGUCAACGUCAAUAUGGUGACUGCGCGCGAGACCGAGACUUUUGAUGACAUCAUCAAUAUGGCGCGGAUGCGCGGCAAGGUGUUUACAACAAUGGCGGAAGAUUACUUUGUCACGGACAGGCGGUUUCCGUGGGAUACGAUCCCCAGCGUUGUGAUUGGCCGCACAGCCUACGACAACUGGCUGGUACUCAACUCCAUUACAGAAACACCACGUGGUGGUCGACGCCUCAAAGACGCUGCUGGCCGUCCAUCAGACCACCAAGGCUGGUAACCACGAGGGCUUCACCCACGCCAACUCCUCGUACAACAACAACAUGUUGAUCCGCCUGUACAAGCGCAUCCACUACCAGGGCGGCUGUGUGGACUGUGCACCGUGGCGAACAGUGAGAUUUCUAGAUGGGAGGAUAUUUGUGGAGGAUGUGCGUUCCAAACCCAAACAUUGUUGACACAGUGUUGUGAGCACCUACAAUUCCAUGCUUCUCCUCAACCUCACCUCCAACCCAAUGGUGUCGUCAAUCGAUGCUAAGGGAGAAGAGUCAUCCGUUUUUUUGCCGGAAACAGGAGAAAUGUUCCAGAAAGAGGAGGAGUUGAGUGCCCUUAUAUUUCAAAGGACAAUAAGACAAAAAGCAACUUUUAAAUGGUUAUGUGUUCGCUGGAACUGUGUACAGAAAAAAUUUUUCUUUCUUUGCGGUCUGUUCCCCACUGCCCAUGCGCGCACACCGACACACACCUCACACGUGUAGGUGGAAAUUGUUGCCGGGUAUAAAAGCAAGGAAGAGCAGAACUAUUUUUAAAAGGGGGAACACGUGUGUAUUAUGUCAGUAAGUUAGGUUUGCAAUUUUAUUGACGUAUUCGACGACGACGACGACGAUUUCCAUAGCAUCGUUCCCCACCUUCAUAGCGAGGCGGUCCGGUGGCGCAACUGGGUUCCUUGGUUCAGAUUCCAUCUCUUCUGGUCAUUGUUCGUUAUUCCCUGUAAAAAGAAUUUUUUCUCCUGACCAUGAAGGCAGAGCUUGGUUACCUGUCAUUGAUCUCGAGUUCUUACCUGUUUGUCUUUGUGAUAAAGACAUCUCCUGACCCACUUCGCCAUUGCCAUUGCCCUGCCACCAUUACCCCAUCGACAGGUUAGGGGAACUGGGGGAGAAGUUAUGCUGAAAUUGUCGAAGUUCCAAUCAUUUUUAUAAACAGAAUAUUUGAAGGCUGUAGGAAAGUCCAAUUCCACGCACACUACUACCUUUUUUAAAGCUUGCAUUUAAGAAAAACAUGAGAGCUUCUGUCUCGGAGACUCAUGGUUCGAAAUUCUGGUGCACGGCAACCCCACAGAAAUAUUGUUGGCAUCAGUGCGUUUCAUCACACACACACACACACACACAUUUUAACUCUGACAAGCUUGGUUUCUAUUAAAUAGUAAAAGCAACCAUGGACACAGUUGAAUCACUAAACAAAUAAAAUACAAAACAAAACUCAUAAACAAACGUUUAUUAUCGCUUAUAUCCAUUCAUACAAAUCUUCGUAAAAGAACCUUCGUUUCCAUUUCAAUAAUAAGAAAGACCAACCUAUUAUCGACGACUGAUGCGAUGGACGACAGAGUAGACGGUCUUUGAGUGACAGGUGGUGAGAAUUAAUCACUUAUCUACAUCUCAUUAGCACUGUGAACUGUUAUUUUUGUACUUGAUAGAAUUUAGGAAAAAUAUUUCUUUCAUUGCUGCUUGGGGUUGCAAAGACAUUCUUGUAGCUGACAAACUUUCGUUGGUUCCUUCGUACACUUGGUGACAGCGACCCUGUCCUCAUGUUUCUUUACCAAGUUGUUCGUCUCCAUGUGACAUGACUUUGACAGUGAAAAAUUCUGUAAAACUAUGGGAAUUAGUUCUCAAACUGAGUGGUCUCCCCAUUCAUCGAGAAAGAGCAGAGGACAAGACAAAAAUGCAAUAACAUAAUAUUGUUGUUUAUACAUAGUGUCUGUAGAUUGUGGUAAAUAUGUCCUGAUGUGAUUUUCUGAUGCCGCAAUACAUACACGUGGCCUCCAAGCUACACCUGUUCAUGCAAAGAAGUGACCUCAGAAAGUAUGUAGACUACACAACAAAGACCAUCAGUAAAUUCAAGUGCAUGAAAGACCUGACCUUAGACUUCGGGUGGGCACGGAGGAGAAAUGAUAAAACAAUCGUGUUUCGCGAGGAAGGACAAAGUUUCUUUGAAAGACAAGGAUGUGCUAAAUGGCAGAAGUGAUCCCAUCAUUAGACUGAGACAAGCUGAGAUCUUGGAUAUUACACUGUAACAUCGUCUGUCUUCGUGUCUGGAGGAGGAGGGCAUGCACUGUCCCCCACUGUCCCCCACACCCCACCUCCAGAUGAUCGCUCAGAGCAAAGAACAGUUUUGGUGGAGAAGAUGAUGUGUGGAGUCAGCAGGUAGCAGCCAUUGGCACAAGAUGAACAACAUCAACAUUUCCAGUAACAUUUCGCUGAGACAGAUCAUGGCCGAAGGCAUGAUGUUGGGAUGAGUUGCAAAUCUUGAAGUUGAGAAAAGAACCGACAGAAAAGGGACACGAGCACGAGGUCUGAGUCUUUGCACAGUUUUUCAAGACAUUGUAAGGACCAGGAUGAAAGUCGCCAGCAAUGAGUAAACACAAACAGAAAUGUGUGUGCAUGCAAGCGUGUGAGCACGUGUGUGUAACAGUGAACAUUCUCUCCACACAAGUUGCACCAAUGUGAAUUUACCUUUCUUGCUUUUGAUUCCACUUUAUUUUGAACUCAUCUGUGUUUGUCUGUGAACGGAACUAAAUGGCGAGAACUGUUUUUCAGAAAUGUACCAUAUACUGAGACUGAGGCAAGAUUGCAACAUGGACAAAGUGCGGACAUUCACGCCUGUUAUUUCACAUCCACGCUUGUUGUCAGUCGUCGUUGUAAUUCAAUUUUCUGUCACCCUCUUAUCAUUCUUAUCAUUGUCACUCGUUGACGUGCUGUCGUCAAUGAUGAGCGGAACUUUGUCAUCCUGUGUGUGUGUGUGUGUCCUCUUGUUAGCAUGAAGACAUUGACCAUUUGAGGUUUUGUGGGCACAGGAAUAUAGUGUCAAAGGUCAUAUAAUCAUUGCUGUGCUAAGUUUUGCAUUUAGUUGGAUAGUUUGCAACAUGCCCCGGAUGUAGCUACCGGUGAGAGGACAUCUUUAUUGACAGCGAGAGCCUGAUGUCUUUACUGAACAACUUUUACUGAGCCAUCAGGCUCGCCGACAGAUGGACUCUGUUCCAAAGAAUUUAGAUAUAGGCUUGCAACAUGGUCCUGUUGGGUGUUUGCUAAGAUUUAUACAUUCAUUUACUCAGGUUAUGAUGGCUUCCAUUGAGAUUCCGAUAGUCUUCCGCGAUGGUCUCUGUUCUCAUCGUCAUUUCUGUAUGUUUCGUUGAUAUCUGUACAGGCUUUCGUUGAUACUUACGGAGGAUUCCAAAUGAAACUUUUGUAGACUACCAAAAGAUCCACUGUCUUCUGCUUGAAUUUAAGUUAUAACACUUCGUGAAACUGGUGUUCAAGUCACAAAUCUUCCAAACAUUUCCAUUGUUGAGGCUGACUGCACUGAGAGAUGUGACCGUGCUUCUAUGUGCACUUUGUUGCAUUAUGGAUGUAAAGGACAUGAUGCUUUUAGUAUCCAAGCCUGACAAAUGUUUGCUUCUGUUAUGUCAAUGUCCGGUUAUCAGAAUAUGAAAACAGAUGUUAUAAUAAACGAAUGAAUGAGUUAAUGAAUGAAUUCUUCCGCGAAGAAUUUAAACGGUUUAAUGUGAAGUGUGGACAAGAAUAACCAAGACUCGCAGUCUUUCGUCUCUUUUGUAAAAUACUUUCAAGGGUCAAAUCUGCUUCGUGGACUGAGCUGGACUGGACUGGUUGUCUCAUCACAACUUGCCAAAGUUUGCUUGGUCUUGUGAGAACUGGUCUUGCUGGUUUUGGGGUCUGAAUGUUUGCUCUUUCAAAGAUGGCAUAAAUAGGAUGUUGGGUUCAGUCGAUUGUAUUUUUGUCAAUGCCUGGGCAGGAUCUCAUUCCCCUGGCCUCCCUUUAGUUCAGAUCGAUGUGAGGCUUCUUGGCCUUCAGCAGUGUGCCUCUUCAUUCCUUCAUCCAUUGCUCACACCUUUUCAACAUUGAAAAGCCUGAUGGGGACUCACUACGGUUGCUUGUCUUGGUAUGUGAUCAGCUCUUGCUUUCAAGUAUUUGCAUUUGAUUUUGAAUAAAGUCGAGUCAAUGAUUGUUGAUUACUGAUGAACGACAUAGCUUUUUUUUCAAUGAAAUCACAUUUCCGAGGGGCUUUUGUGUUGUUUUUUUUUUUUCGCUCUCUGCUUGAGCUUACAAUCAUACUGCAUGAUGAAGUGGAAGUAACAAUGUCACUUGAUCCAAAGAAAGAUUGGAUGUGAAACAUGUGACAAAAUAAAAAGUUAAUCACAAA